AUGCGCGCCGACGACAGCAGACAUGCAGCCAGUAGACGCUGCGAAUCUUGGCCUAGGUGGCAGCGCCAGUUGGUUGCCGGUUCUACAGACUCGGUGGUGCAGCCGAUCAGGAGUUCAACAUUUGACCUUCUUGCCCAUGACCGACUUCGCACUUCCUCAGUUCUCGCAACUGCUACACACAUCAUCCAUCGUCGCACAACACCCCAAGCAGCGCCCAUCUUCUACUCCAUCGUUCCCCUCUUCCGCGGAGACAUUUGCAACACGCCGGAUCUGCGACUUUUCGCACAACAAGCGUCCGCAAUGGCAGCUAAUUACGAGUCUCAGGCUUCUACCAACUACAAGGAGGCUUUCUCCUUGUUCGACAAGCGAGGCAACGGCCGUGUCGCCCUCGACAGCCUCGGCGACCUCCUGCGCGCCUGUGGCCAGAACCCGACUCUGUCCGAGAUUCGGGACCUGGAGAAGAACAUUGGCGGUGAUUUUGACUUUGAGACGUUUUCUCGUGUUCUGAACCGACCUGGCGGGUUCCGCGACCCCGGCGAGCCUGAUGAGUACUGCCGCGGAUUUCAAGUCUUCGACAAGGACAUGACGGGCUUCAUCGGCGUCGGCCAGCUCAAGUAUAUCCUGACGAACCUCGGCGAGAAGAUGACGGAUGAGGAGGUCGACGAGCUGCUAAAGUCUGUCGACACGAGCUCGGGACAAGUCAAUUAUACUGAUCUCGUCCGAACCAUUCUGGCCAACUAG